UUCAAUGCAUCAAUUAUGUUUUGCUAUCUAGAGAAACUUCACAAAUCCAAUGAACAGAAGAAUUUAUUCUCACUUGGCAAAUCAAAACUGGAUCUACUGACCUGAUGUCCAUGUAGUCUUUAGGAUUUUUGUGAAGUCCUCAAAAGUCAGUGCUUUGCCAUGUAGAUGUUUAAAAUAAAAUGCCCCAAAAUGACAACCCAGAACGCAGGAGUGGAAUUGGCUGGUUUUAGCAAGUCGUAGAUCAGUGUAGGUCCUCUAUGAAUAAGAACCGGUGAAGUUAGCAGCAAGAUGAUGGUUUAUAAUAUUGCCACAAAAUGGCAAGGAAUUUAUCACAUGGCUUUGUACUCAUCUAAAAUUACAGAAUUUCUUUUCCAACUAGUAACUAAUUUUACUUGUUGAGGCAAAAAGCUUGGUAUUUUCUUUGCUGAUGAUACAGUUAAUUUUUUUUUUUUUUUGAAUCAGCAACCACAGAAAUAACUUUUAGUGGCAGAAAGAUGCUUUCUGUGGUAAAACUGCAUCAAACUAGAAGUUUCAUUAUUCUGAUUAGAGCUGAAUUACAGAUUGCUGAAGCUGUUGCUCUUGUCGAUACCCUUCAGAAUUGGACAGUUUUAGAUAAAAUAAUUAUUCCUACAAAAAAUCCGGACAAGAAGUUUAUUUUUGGCAAAGGAAACCUUCAGGUUUUGACAGAAAAGAUUAAAAAAUUGCCCCAUGUGACAGCCGUCUUCUUGAAUGUGGAAAGAAUAUCUUCACUAACAAAGAAAGAACUAGAAGAUGCCUGGGGCGUGAAAGUCUUUGACAGAUACACAGUUGUACUUCACAUUUUUCGUUGUAAUGCCCGGACCAAAGAAGCAAAACUUCAGAUCGCAUUGGCUGAAAUCCCGCUUCUCAGGUCAAAUCUGAAAAAUGAGGUGGCUCAGCUAGAUCAGCAGAGGGGUGGAUCAAGAUACAUUAUGGGCUCAGGUGAAACAUUCAUGGAAACACAGAAUCGUAUCUUGAAAGAAAGGGAACUUAAAAUUAGGAAUGCCCUGGAUAAACUGAGAAGAAAAAGGUCUUUACUUAGAACUCAGCGCAAAAAACGCGAGUUUCCAGUUAUCUCAGUAAUGGGCUAUACUAAUUGUGGAAAAACUACCUUGAUCAAAGCCUUGACUGGUGAAGAAGGACUUCAACCCAGAGAUCAGCUGUUUGCCACUCUUGAUAUUACAGCCCAUGCAGGCUACCUGCCCUCGCGUAUGGCGGUCAUUUAUGUUGACACUAUUGGGUUUCUGACUGAUCUCCCACAUAACCUAGUUGAGUCCUUUUCAGCUACGUUAGAAGAAGUGGCUUACUCGGAUCUGAUAGUUCACGUGAGGGAUAUUACUCAUCCAGAAACCAACCUCCAGAAAGCAACUGUUCUGUCAGUUCUGAAGAAUCUUAAUCUUCCCAGCCAUUUAUUGGACUCAAUGGUAGAAGUUCAUAACAAAGUGGAUUUGAUAGAAAGAUAUAAACCCGCUGAAGAAAAUGCUUUAGCCAUUUCUGCUCUACAUGGACAUGGUUUAGAAGAGCUGAAAGAAGAAAUAGAGAAAAAAAUCUUGACAGCAACAGGGAAGAAAAUUCUGACAGUUAAUGUCAACUUAGAGGGAUCACAGCUAAGUUGGCUCUAUAAAGAAGCAACAGUUCAGGAAGUGGAAGUCAUGCCUGAAGAUGGCACAGCCAGAGUGAAAGUGAUAAUCGGCAAUUCUGCGUUUGGCAGAUACAAAAACCUCUUUCCUAACAGUAAGAUUUUUAUGCCGUGAAACUGCAUCCUUUUCAAGGAAAAGAAACUGAUCUCAUUAAGAAGAUGUGAAGUGAACUUAAGGACUUGUGGGUUGAAGAGUGUUUUUCUUCCCCAGUUGAUGUUUUUGAUGCAUUUUAGAAAGGGCCACUGCUUCAGACAGCUUCUCUAUGGAAACAAUAAGAGCUUUGAGCUUCAUUCUCUCGGCAAGUGCAAGGACAGCACUGAAUUUUUAAUGUUGAAAGAGUUGUUGGUGACAAGCUGUGGACCUGAAACACAGGGAAAUCAUGGGAGAGCAUCUGAAUGAACCUUUAGAAAAAUACUAAGUUUCUUACAUAAAGUUUUUUAUCCAAUUUUUCAGAAUAAAAUAUUUAUUAUAGCUAA